UUCUUGACACAUAUAAAAGAUUAGGGGAAAUGAGGAAACCGUUUAUAACGGUAAGAGUUUCGGAUAAACAUGUUCGAUAUUAAAGGAAAAGUGGCUCUAAUUACUGGUGGGGCAGGUGGAGUUGGAUUAGAAUUAAGCAAGGCACUCUUACGGAAUAACCUAAGAGGUGUAGCAUUAGUAGAUUUAAAUGCCAGUUUAGGCGAAAAAGCAGUACUUCAAAUACAAUCUGAAUUUGGCCAGGACAAAGCAAUAUUCUUCAAAGCUGAUGUAACAAAUAUUGAACAAUUAGAAGAUGCCUUUAAGAAAACUGUGGAACAUUAUCACUAUCUGGAUAUAGUAUUUAAUAACGCGGGAAUAUUAAAUGAUGCAAUAUGGGAAAAAGAAAUAUCAAUAAAUGUGAAAGGUGCCGUCAAUGUAAUGCUUCUAGCUUACGAAACGUACCUUCCAUCUUAUAAGAGCGGAGCAGAAGGCCUUAUUGUGAAUACAUCUUCAAUAGCUGGAAUUCAACCUUCAGGGCACUUGCCUAUAUAUUGCAGUACGAAACACGCUGUAAUAGGUUUAACAAGAUCUUGGGGAGAGCCAGUAUUUUACAAUAAAAAUAAGGUUAGAGUGGUAGCAAUGUGCCCUGGUGUUACACAUACACCGCUAAUUUCUGAAAUUGAUGGCAAAAGUUUAGGAGGCAUAUACGAAGAUUGUAAAAGCGAGGUCGCUACAUGGCCCACACAAGACCCUGACGUAUUAGCAAGACAAGCAAUGGAAGUAGUUAAAUAUGCUCCACACGGUAGUAUAUGGGUAAUAGAAGGAGGAGAACCUGCAUACCAAUAUAUACAUCCUGACAAAAGUUCUAUGAAGCAUAAUGUUAUUUCUAGGUACUAUAAUUAAAACUAUUAUUUAUAUUCUAAAUUUAUUUCUGGUAAUUUUGGCUUCCAAGAAUAAAAAGAAUUGUAGAAACUUUUAAAACUAUAAAUUUUUAUGUAGGUUUAGAUAGAGAGGAAAAUGUUAAAAUUGUUUUUGCUACACCGAGCUAAAUUGUGAUAAGGAUUGUGAUUUAAUUGUUAAUAAAACGCUUAUUUCUAAAA